GGGUUUUCAUUUCAGCAAAAGUCCCAAGACUGCAUCAUUCCAUUCAGUCAGUCAGUCGGAUGCUACGAACGAAGUGAAAUGUGACUCACGAUUAGUGUGCAAUUUGAGGCAUCGCAAUGCUUGCAAAUCCAAAUGUAGCAUUGCUACUGUUACUGCUGGCCGUUUUCCUCAAUUCAGCAGCCGGCAAAGCUAAAGAUGACCGUCCGUGUCCGAUGGAGGAGUCGAUCCACAUCACACGGUUUCAGAUCUUCCCGAACAAGACGUUGUUAGACGAGGAGCGCAGCAUCCGGUUCAGCCCUGACUUGUACUUUCGCGAGGGCAACGCCACCGUUCGUGGUUGCGUCUGCAGGGUGAAAAGCUGCGUACGCAAAUGCUGCCCGCUGGACCACCACAUCAAGGAGGUGACCGAGUGCGUCGAGGGUGGCAAUGACAAGUUCCAUGAGAAUAUCUUUAAAGAAAAGUUGCCCCUGGUCGGGAAAAAGGAGGACGUCUUCUUCCUGACCGGGCACCAAAAUUGCAACAACGGCAAGUACAAGCUGGAUCCGCGCGUCGAGCCUGAGGACAACUUCACCCUGCUGCCGACGGGCCUGCUGCAAUUUUUUUACGAGAGCGAGAUGGCUGCGAACGAGCCUGUCCACUUUUCGCAGUACUGCGUCGAAUAUUUCGGAGAUCUGAACCUCAUCUCAGCGUUAAUAUGCUUCCCGGAAGAGUCGAUGGAAAAUUCACCAAAAAACGUGCAGUACAGCAUUUACUCGGUGGGCAUGCUAUUGUCCUCCGUAUUCAUGUUGCUGACCCUGGCGGUCUACGCCCUGCUACCCCAGCUGCGUAACCUGCACGGAAAGUGUCUCAUGUGCCACGUGGGAUGCCUGCUCUCCGCCUAUAUUUCGCUUUCGAUCGUCCAGCUCGGCUCCGACUUGAUACCUAUGUGGUUAUGCACGUUAAUCCCGUUCGUGAUUCAGUUUACUUUUUCCUCCGCCUUCUUCUGGCUCAACAUCAUGUGCUUCGACAUCUGCUGGAUGUUCAAUCGAGUGCGUACCAUCAGUGGCUCGAGUGCUGAGCGCGAGCGCAAGAAGCUCAUUAUUUACUCAAGCUACGCGUGGGGCUGCCCGCUGUUCCUGCUGAUUAUCUGCAUCCUCACUAGUACCAUAGAAAGUUUGCCGAGUUUCGUGCCCAGGCCAAAAUUCGGAGAACAGUCAUGCUGGUACAGCCCGAGACAAGAAGACAGACUGGCGAUAAUUCUGUACUUUUUCGGACCGAUCAGCGUGCUGAUGAUCAUGAAUCUCUUGUUUUUCGCGCGGACUGCUUACAGGGUAGUCACUCUGAGGAAAGGAACUGGCAUGCUGAACAGGAGUGACAACCAGAGCAGCAAUGACAAACAGAAAACCUUCGUGCUGUAUCUGAAGCUGUUUGUGGUGAUGGGCCUGACGUGGAUACUGGAGGUGGUGUCGUUCCUGGUGCAAGGGCCAACCUACAUGUGGUUCGUGACGGAUGUGUGCAACACUCUGCAGGGCCUGGCCAUCUUCCUCAUCUUCGUGUGGAAGCCCAAAGUGCGGCGGCUGCUGCGGGAGCGGAUGGUGGCCAAGGAGCCGCAGACCGCCUCCACAGCCAGCGCCAAGAUGCGCAAGAUCAGCUCCAACACCAAGGUGGAGGAGCUGACUAUGAGCCAAAAUUAACGUGCGCGCAUGCAUGUCUAUUUAUCCAUUUGCACUAUUUGUGUGAGAAAGAGAAGUGAGUGAACGCUCGAUAUUACCCAAAGUAUGUGUAUAUUAAUUUCGAGAACAUGCAUCAAUAAACGUGCCAUUCGGGUUAAAACAAAACGUGUGUGCCCUUUGAGUUAAUUUUAGUCACUACGCAAUAGUGUUUGGUGAAAUUUAUUUUCCUGCUUGUAAUAGUUGGGUACUCACAACAAGUGCUCUCGUAAACCUUGCUAAACCAUAGCUUAAGCUUGUGCAGCUUAAAUAUUUCCCUGUAAAAUGGCUCGUUUUGUAGUUGCAGCAAUGAAAUCUUUGGAUCCGUCUUUGUGGAGGAGAGUGCUGGACUGUAUUCCAAUAAAUGUUUUUAGUGCUACGUGAGGAAAACUGCA